CGGGCGCUGCGGGGGUGUCGGGUUAGAGCGAGGCGUGACCCAGUUGACAGGCGCUGCGAGCCGCAGGGCAGGGGGACGCAGGGGACGGCCGCCGGGUCAGCGAUUCCCCCGAUCUCCGGUGAGCCUGGGGAACGUGCAGCUCAAAGCCGCCGCCAGCCACAGCACCAUGUACCCCGGCAACAAGCGGAAAAAGCUCUGGAAGGAGGAGAAAGAGCGUCUGUUGAAGAUGACCUUGGAGGACAGACGCAAAGAAUACUUGAGGGAGCAUGUUCCAUUAAGAGACAUUCCAACAUGGAUGGAAGAAAUGAAAAGCAAGAACCAAAGUGACGAUGAAAACACUAAGGAAGCUUUGCAGGUGAAGAAAAGUCUGAGUGAGAAGGUUUCUCUCUACAGAGGUGACAUUACAUUGCUUGAGAUUGAUGCUAUAGUUAAUGCAGCUAAUUCCAGUCUUCUUGGAGGUGGAGGGGUGGAUGGUUGUAUACACAGAGCUGCUGGGCCCUGCCUAGUUGCUGAAUGUCGCAACUUGUGUGGCUGUGAGACUGGACAAGCUAAAAUUACAUGUGGAUAUGACCUGCCUGCCAAAUAUGUCAUUCAUACUGUGGGCCCAAUAGCAAGAGGCCAUAUCAGUGAUACUCAUAAAGAAGACCUGGCAAGUUGUUAUAAAUCAUCUCUGAAACUGGCAAAAGAAAACAAUAUCAGAUCAAUUGCAUUCCCCUGUAUUUCAACUGGAAUUUAUGGUUUUCCAAAUGAGCCUGCUGCCGUUAUUGCCCUUACCACUAUUAAGGAAUGGUUGAACAAGAAUCACAAUGAGAUGGAUCGUGUCAUCUUCUGUGUCUUUUUGGAGGUCGACUACAAAAUUUUCAAGAAGAAAAUGAGCGAAUAUUUCCCCACAGAUGAUAAUGAAGAGGAGACUGAGAUAAAUGAGGAUACAGAGGAAUUGGAACAAAAAGCCCAGUCACCAUCUCCCAUGAAGUGCAAAGCAAAGAAAUCUGAGAACCUGAAGGAUGAUAAUGAGGAUGAUAAUAGCAGAGAAGAGAAGCAAAGUAAUGAAGAAACUGAGGGCCAGAGCCGAGAAGCAGAUGAGGCAAAACAUACAGCUGUACCCAGCCCACCAUCAGAAGAAGGAAUAGAGCUGUGCGAGGAUAAAGAUUCCUCAAAGGAUUCCAAAGCCACACAAGAGAAUGACCCAGCACAUCAUGCAAUGUGUGAAGAAGAUCAAGAUGAAGGACCACAGGAUGUUUCCACAACUGAUGAAAUGAAAACUCAGACAGAUUCCCAGAGCUCCUGCAUGGAGACAGAAGAGCCCCUGGCAAAUAAAGAGGAUGCAAUCAAAGUUGAGAAACCAAUGACUCCUAUAGUAGAUGAAAAUAAAGAAGAGGAGACAGGAGCAGCACAAGGGAAAGGGAAGCUAUCUGCAGAGGCAAUGGCAGUUGAAAAUCCGUGUGACACAGAAAACAUUUCAAGUAAUGAUGCUGAAAUGAAUAGUCAGGUUGAAAGUAUAAAUGAACAUUCAGAAAUGCAGCCAGAAGAUUAACAAAUAGACAGAGGAAGAAGAUGAGAGAAGAGAACAAUGGGGUGAAACGUGAACGGCAGUCAUUAGCAUUGUAUGGCAUCAUUCUAACGGCAGAAAGCGCAUCAGAAUGCCCCAUGGGAUGGGAGGGGCAGGGAAAUAAGGGAAAAUGAAUCUUUGUUUUAAUUCCUCUUAAUUCUCAAUUGCAUUUUGUUCUGUAAACCUGGUUUUUCUGAAAAAACUUCCCUACUUUGGUCAUGAUGUCCCACUUCAAAUAAUCUUUUGCACUGUCCUGGCAAUUACAACAACUUCUAGGUCCUGUGUAAUAUUGGAGAUGCUUACUCCCCCCCCCUCUAUCAAGAGCCUCUGAAUCUCAUUUCCAAGUGAGGGCACAUCAUUCAAGCAACUGGUGGGAAUGGGAUUUCUUUGCAUUCUCUGGGAUAAAUUUGGGGAUUUGGUUUGAGGACGUGGACUGCCACAAAGCAUCAUAAACCACAGAACACUGUGUAUCUUAGGAAUUUUAAGAACAGCUGUUCCAAACUAUCACUAGAUUGAUAGUGAAGUUAUUGCACAGUGCCCACCUCCAGCAACAUCAGUUAGGAAUUCCUGACUGCAAGCGCCAGUGCAAAAUAGUUAGAGCUUUUAGAACAAAGACCCCUGCCACUAUGGAGAUAGUCAAAGAGCAAGGAGGAGUGUUUCCUAGCGCACAGUAGACUCCAACCUAUGCUUCACACUAUAAGCUUGGAAAUCUGGAUGCUUCAGGGUGUCGUAUUGCUGUAUUGCUCACUGGGAGAAUGGAGACAUCUAUUGCUCAUUGCUGAUCUCUUUAAAUCUUGAGGAUGAUUAGCAUACUUUGCAUUGUAUCUGGUCAUAGCACAGUGUGUGAUGCAAAGUAAUGCCACGUGACCUAAUGCAGUUAGUGCAUCAGUUCUCUUCUCUGCUAGUGAAUUUGCACUUUUAAAAGUAAAUAAUUAUUUUAAGUGGGUACUUAAAGUACCUGUGGGCAACUAAUAUUUUGGACAGCCAGUGAGUAAUGGAGAAUAACAGGCAUCCAGCACGUCUUUAAAUAUAGUUUAUGGCUUUAACAAAUUCACUGUACCUUGUGUCAGCCCUCAUUAUAUUUUCUACUGCAUAUGCAUGAUUUUUAAAAAUGCAAUUAACAGUUAUUUGGUUAAGAAUGUUUUGCCAUAUGUCAUUUGUUCUGCCAGCAAGUGCUACAUUCAGAAAAGAGGGCUAUGUACAUUUUUUCAACAGUACUGUAAAGGAAAUUGAUACACAAGACUGAAGGAAUGCACAGCAUGUGUCCAGGGUUUGAUGUUCUGCAAAAUAUAACAAUGUUAAAAACAAUUAGAGUUUUUUUCUUUUCUUUCUUCCCAAGAUUCUGGUUUUGCUUGAAUGUGUACACUCUUUCCCCCAGUCCUGAAAGGAUUACUGAUUGGCUUGCAAAAAAAUAAAAUAAAAUAAAGUGAAAGGAGACUGAAAUGUAUUGGCCCUAUUCUGAUCAAUGCAUUUGUGCCAAAUUCGCACUGAUAUAACUGUGAGCCCUAUAUGUAUAUAAAGUUUGACAGCUGCUGGCAUUUGCAAGUUGAUUAGAAAUAAUGACGAGACAAACCAGGAUCUAAAACAAGACCCCCCAGAUUUGUCUGUGGAAGUGUGGCCACUAGCAGUGCCGGACGUCUUCCAAUAAACUGCUUUUAUGUACCUCUAUCAUUGGAGCCGCUUGAUGAGCCCAGGGGGGAGGAGGGCAUUGUGUGCAGUCACUUCUUGUGGCAUUGUUAGGGAACACGGUGCGGGGGCUUCCAAGGCUUUUGGAUUUCUGUUUGGAGGCUAGUAGAUAUUUCACUUUGAGCAUGAUCAGUUUUUAAAGAAACUAGGUUUCAGAUGUAAUUAAUCCUGUUAGUUCCUGUUAAAACAGUGCCAGGAUUGUACUAUACUUGCUAUGCUGGGUCAGAAUGCAUUUUGGACAUCUCUUCCUCUAUCCUUACACGCUUCUGUGUCUCUUCCUUUUCUGUUCCUGUUAGCUUGACCAAAGGUAUCUUCGGGGCCCCACAUGGACCCCAGCCCUAAAUGUUAUUUUCCUUCUGUCCCUGUAUUUGUGUUUGGCUGAUUCCAAUUGCAGCAGUCAAAGGACUGGCAGAUUGUGUAUGAUGCACGUACACUAUGUUUCAUUAUCAAAUGAUUUCUCUUUAAAUUGCCUGUCAUAAUAGAACUGAUAGAUAAUGUUAAUAAUGUUAAUCCUCCAUUUGUGUGUUCUCUUUAAAAAGGCAAAGAUUGAAGGGCUCUCGUUGUUUGUCGAGCUAGGGAAACUCCUCCAUAUAGCAUUUGGAAAGUCAAUUGGUGUGAGCUUUUUAAAGCCUGGUGGGAAACUGUCUGGGCCAAACCUUCAGCUAAUUUAAAUGGUCACAGCUCCAUUGAGUGUGGCUGAGGUAGGACAAUAUCCACAAGUCAUGGAUCUGGUCCUAAGUAUUUAAUUCUGAAGCUGUACGUGUCUGACUGUCACAGUCUUCCAUGUACAACACUAGAGAACGGCAGGCUGCAGCUAGCUAGUAUCCUGUGCCCCUCAAACAUUAGUGAGACUCAGGCUCAGCAAGGAGCAGAGAAGGAAGAUCAAUGCGAGAGACUGAUGAAAGAGGUGUGUUCAAAAAUAUACAGAGAGACAAGCCAGUCCUUAAACUCCUUGGCAAUACUGACUGAUAUUACAAAUAAUUAACUCCAAACAGAUUUCAGGUUAGAGGCUCUCCUUAUAACCCGUGACGGUAAUUUCAUUGCUACCGUCAUUUAACCCUGGUUCUCUUUAACAGCAGUGAUUCUUUGAAGCUGUGGAACUUUUGCCUGAGGACUCUGCAGCAAGUGUGACGCACAGGCAGGAAGUGUAGAGUAAGGAAAUGUACGAGUUGGUUAAAUCUUAGCAGUCCCAUUUUCAGUCAUGAGUGUGUAGCUUGGUUUCCUUGCUUCUUUUGUUCACGUGGCUUUGGGGUUGCAUUUGUUUAGGAUUUUUUAAAAAAAAAAAUUAAUAAAAUGAUGUGUUAGGCAAUAUGAUUCUGAGCUCUUUGGUUAUUGCUGGACUGGUGCACCCUGAAUGCAGCCACUAUUGAUUUUGCUGGAGCUACAGAAGUAGAGAGUAGGAUCUGUAGAAUAAAUAUCAGAAAUGAAUUAAUGCCACUAUAACAGGGGUUUUGGUUAACAACUAAAAUUUUAUCACACUAUGUUCUGUGUAGAAAAUAGAACCCCUAAAUAAGUGGGUUUUGCAUCCAAAUAUUAGCAUAUGCUUUCAAUGUUCCAGUUGAAAAAAGUGCUUGUUCUACAAUUAGGAGCAGCAAUCUAUUUUUCCUCCAGCUAGUGAUUGCUCUGAUGGUGGACACGUUUCCUUUCAUACAGGCUUACAAAGGAGAUGUCUGAGACACUAUCUUAAUAUUGGGUCACAUAUUAUUCACUACAGCUAACUGUAAAUCUUUCUAUGACGCACUGAAAAGCCUCUUUGUGAAUUAACGCUGUUCUGCUUUAUGCAUUUGAUUAAAAAAGAUAUUUCUCUAUAUGCCGUGCAUGUCUGCUUUGCUUUUAAAAUUACAAAGUCAGCAGAAUAUGUUGGAUAUAUUUUCUUGGGGAAUAGGGGUUUUUAUCAUAUGAUUCAUCAAGGAUUUGCCUUACCCUGACAUUUGUGAUAUAAAGGAAAGUCAGAAAAAUGUAAUUUUCUUGAUCAAAAAUAUGUUUUUACUUAAAUGCAAAUAAAUGUAGUCUGUUGCUUGCAAAAUAUAUGGUAUAGUGGCUAAAUAGGUUAAAUCGUCUCUUUUGUUAAUAUGAGAUUUACAUGCUGAAUUUGCUUAUGAAUCUGUUAUUUUUUCUUUUGUCUGUGCCAUACAUUUGAAAACUUAAACUAAUGAUGCCUUCAUACUACAAUGUUUGUUAAAGCAAAAUGUUAAUAAAACUUGUUCUGAGGACAA